AUGCCUACUACACGAGCAGCGGCUCGCAAGAGCAAUGGCAACGAGGAGCGGGCCAAGGAUGGUUUGGUGGCCAAGCCUGGCGACAAGCACAAGACCACUGCUCCCCAGCGAUCGCCAAAGAAACGCAAGGUCGAAGACUCGACUGAAGCUUCCAAUGGUCGGGGUGAGCCUCGAGAAGAGAAAGCAGAUGAGAAGAAACCCACGACCCAAGGCCACGGAAAUUCUCAAGAAGAAGAGGAGAAGAAACCUGCAGCGGGGAGUGGGGGAUCCAAGGGGUUGAACGGAACUGGAGAGACGAAGUCGAGCGCUAUUGGCAAGGAGUCUGGCCGCACCUCGUCUAUCGUUGUAGAGAAAGGCAUCAUCUACUUCUUCAUCCGUGGUCGCGUCAAUGUUCCGGAUCCUCACAGCGUCACCGACAUCCAAAGGACCUACUUCGUUUUGCGCCCUCUCCCUGACGAUGCGAAAUUGAAGGAUGGAGUCAUUCCGGAAGGCAAGAACGCUCGUCUGAUCGCUUUGCCGAAGAAGAAAUUUCCAAAUAGCCAUAGAGAUAGAUUCAUGGCUUUCGUUGAGAAAUCCAAGGCGUCCAUGGCCGAGCUGAAGGACACAUUCUUCGUCGGAGCCGAGAAGGAGACCGAAACUCGGGGCACGCAAGAAAUCCCGCCUGUCACGGCGAUAGGAGAAGGCAUCUAUGCGGUCACCCUGACAGGCCGCACCUCGCACUUAGCAUAUGUCUUGACCAUCCCCACUGAAAUCAGCGAGGUCCAAACGAGUCUCGGCCUCCAAGAAAAAGGGAGUUUCGUCCUCUCGCUCAAGAACCCCGAGGGCGGUGGUCCCUCUUCCGCGCAACUCCCCGCGAAGCCCGAUUUCCCCCAUGAAAUCAUGGAGGAGUUCCGAGGACGGAAGUGGUUGCCUGUAGGAAGGCCGGAACAUCUCGACUAUUCGAACUCGCAAGUUCUGCUCAUCGGGGAAGGGAAGGAUAGCUUUGCAGGGGCGAUACCAACGAAUGGGGAGUACCAGACGGCGGAGGAUGAAAUUCUCCGGUUGGAUGAGGAGGAGGAAGCGAGAAUCGAGCAUUUGAAUGGCGACGACACUAUCUUCGACGACUUGCAUGUGAGCAAACAGGAAUUCCCAGCGCUCAAAUCCACUUGGUAAUUUGGUAUUGGCGCCUGAGGUGCUCCUGUCGAUGGGUACGGUAGCGAAAACUGCGAUGGUAUUGAU